CACGGAGGUAUUAUUAGCCAAAAGCCGGAGCGCGGCACUUGAGACAUCCAGAUGUUGCGUUUGAGGCACCAAGUGAAGUCGGGUGUGCAGCUGCUUUUUCACGCUGAAAAACAAACUUUCAUACAUUGCUUUUCCCGUUCGCCAAACAGUGAUGAAGGCUGGCAGGCUCGAUUAAAGGAAGAGGAGUGAAGCUGUUUCAAAAAAAAAAAAAAAAAAAACAUUUUCACACCACUUUUAUCUGUUCUGGACAAAGAGGAUAUUGAAGAGGACGUGAAAGCAACAACAAAGCCUCAGCUAACUGCGCACUUCUGGACCUUUAUUGAUUGAUUGAAAUGUUUUUCUUUCUACGCCCAAUUGGAAUUAAAUAGUCCACCAGGCUUUACUUGAAAUAACGUUUUUAAAAACUAAUAUUUCCUAUUUUGUGAGUGUGUGUGGACAACUUGGGUGCAUCAUGGCUUUCCUUCACUUGCUCCUGUGCGCCUGGAUGUUGCCAGUGCCGGCGUGUGGAGCGUUUUUCGCCGGCCCGCUACAUCCGGAGAUGUCCAACGGCACUUUCCAUCAUUACUUCGUGCCGGACGGAGACUACGAGGACAACGACGACCCGGAGAAGUGCCAGAUGCUCUUCAAGAUGACCGACGAGCGAAAGUGCGGUCUCGACGAGGACCAGGACGCCGUCAUACGGGACGACUUCACCAUCAUCAAGAGGCAGAUCGAGGACUCGGCCAGGGUGCUGGAGGGGAUCGGGAAGAGCAUCUCGUACGACCUGGACGGGGAGGACAGCUACGGGAAGUAUUUGCGCAGGGAGACGGCGCAGAUAAGCGAGGCGUUCACGAACUCGGAGAAAUCUCUGCUGGAGCUGGAGGUGAAGUUCAAGCAGAGCCAGGAGAGCGAGCUGAGAGAGGAGCACCGGCUCAACGACGACUUUCUGAACAUGAUAGUGCACACGAGGGACGUCCUGAAGGACACGUUGGACAUUUCUCUGGGACUGAAGGACAAACACGAGCUCCUGUCUCUGAUCAUCCGCAGCCACGGCACGAGACUGAGCAGACUGAAGAACGAGUACAUGAAGCUCUGAGAGAAAAUAGUUCCUGCUCGUCUCAUGACAGUACUGUUUUUAUUUUUCUUAUGGUGGAGUGUGACCAUGAGGCAGAGGGAGGCAGGGGUGAGACAUCAUAUCAGGGAUAACCCCCCAGAAGUUUAACUUAAAGUAUAUAAAAGAAAACUUUUCCUGUUUAACUCUAGAGCAGUGGUUCCCUACUUGUGGGUCAGAUGAAGAUUAAUAUGAUUUUUCUUAUAAAAUACUCGCCUUUUUGAUGUAUAUGCAAAUUAAAUUCAACAAUCUGAGCAGUCUGGAAGGGAAUGUGCUCAAAACUUAUGGACACAUGAGACCAAAAAAGUUUGGGAGCCACCGCUCUGGGCUUGCAGAUAGUUUUGUUUGAGUUUGCCCAGGUUUAGUUGUAAAGAGGGCAACUGCUCCGAAGCCCCAGACCCCCUGGGCCCCCAAAAGCCCCACAUUCACUAUGUAUCAGUUGUUUUUUUUUAAAGAAUUUGGUUAUUUGCUAAUUCUUUUGCAAGUUUAC